AAGCUCCACUCCAGAUCAUUGUAAAUCAUUGAAACGAUCUGUCUUCAGAUAUUAUAUAUUUGUAUGUCAAUUUUGGUAUAAAUUUUUAAAAAUUUAAUUUGUCUAUUUAAAAAAAAUGGCACGUGUUCUUGUUGGAGUUAAAAGAGUAAUUGACUAUGCUGUUAAGAUUAGAGUAAAGCCCGACAAGACAGGAGUCGUGACAGAUGGAGUGAAACACUCAAUGAAUCCAUUUGACGAAAUUGCCAUUGAAGAGGCAGUUCGAAUGAAAGAAAAAAAAUUUGCCCAAGAAGUAAUUGCUGUUAGCUGUGGACCAGCACAAUCUCAAGAAACAAUAAGAACCGCCUUAGCAAUGGGAGCUGAUCGUGGAAUUCAUGUAGAAAUAUCCGGAUCUGAAUAUGAAUUAUUACAACCAAUUCACGUUUCAAAAAUUCUAGCAAAAUUAGCACAAGAUGAAAAAGCCGAUAUUGUUCUCGUUGGAAAACAAGCGAUUGACGAUGAUUGUAAUCAAACUGCUCAAAUGAUUGCUGGAGUAUUAGAUUGGCCAACGGGAACAUUUUGUAGCAAGAUUGAACCAGGUCAGGGUGAUUUGACAAUAACCCGUGAAAUUGACGGCGGAUUAGAAACAAUUAAAAUAAAAACACCCGCAGUAUUGAGCGCAGAUUUACGAUUAAAUGAACCGCGCUAUGCAACAUUACCAAAUAUAAUGAAAGCAAAAAAGAAACAAAUCAAAAAAAUAACACCUAAAGAUCUUGGUAUUGAUACAUCACCAAGAAUAGAAAUUGUAUCAAUUGAAGAUCCACCUGUACGACAAGCAGGUUCAAUUUUACCUGAUGUUGAUACUUUAAUCAGUAAACUUAAAGAGGCAGGACAUGUUAAAUAAUAAAAUUAUUAAAUAAAUAAUUAUUAAACAUAAAAAGAAAUUUUAAAACAAAUUUUAAAAAAAUUAUAUAUCUAUAUACAAAUUUUGAAAAAGAAACAAAUUAUUUUUCGAUUUCUACACUUUAUUAAAUAGUGAUAUAUAAACAGAAUAACAUUUUUGUACAUUUUCAGAGAUAUAUAUAUAUAAUAAUAAUAAUAAUAAUAAUAAUAAAAUUGUACAUUACACAUCCGUUAUAAAUUUGUACCGCUUGGAGACGUAAAAAAUGUCUCAAUAAAAAUCAUAUUUUUUUAAUAAAAUACUCUCUUAUACGAUUACAGUGUUCUUUGGUAAAUUUUCAUAUAAUUAUAUUAUGAUGUAGAUCAAAUCUUCUAACGUUGAUGAUUUAUAUAUCUGUCUCUAAAUAUAUUUAUAUAUAUAUAUAUAUAAUGUUCCUACAAAAAAUAACAUUCGAAUAAUAAAUUACUGUCAUAAAAAUCUUGUUUUACCUAAUUUUCUAAUUUUUUUAAAAUCUUUUCUUCUUUUUUUUUUGAAAAUCGAAGUGUAAUUGACGUCUCUAAGAUUUACAAUUUGAAAAAGCGUAAAAGGUGAAUGUAGUUAGGGGAUAAUAGUUGUACGACAAAAAUUGACGUCGACUAAAAUAUGUGAUAGAUACAGAAUUUUUCAUUUCCCUUCUGCCUAGCUACAUUUAAGGCCAUAACAUUAAGAUUGUUAGUUAUAUUUCAACAGUAUCGUUUUAAAGAAAUUUUUUGACAAAAAAAAAUUUCUCUAAAUCGAUUGAAAAAAAAAAGAAAAAAAAACUGAAAGAAUGACAUUUUUGAUUAUUUUCUUUUUACUAUUAAGAUGGAAAUAUUUCUAACAUUAAGAUAUACAAUACAAUAAUAUUCCAUUUUGUAUAAGAAACAAAAAUAUUUCCUAUCUCUAUGUUCAUUAAAAAAUUAUUUUUUUCUACAAUCUAAUUCACUUUACGGAACGAUUUUUCUUUUUUGUUAACAGACAAAUUUUUUUGCGUUGAAAAUUUGAAGCAUUUUAUUCUACUUUAAUUUUCCAUUCAUUUUUAAAAAGUACACUUUUUGUGGCAUGAUUUUUUUUUUACUUAUACGAUUACGAACAAUUUUAAUUUAAUUAAUAUUAAUUUUUUUAAUUAACUGUUGCAUUUUUUUUUUUUUUU